ACGCCCUUUGUAAAAUAUGAUGCUGUCAAAAGCGAUACAUUCAAGUAAUUCAGUUUUCACUAUAGUUCAAUUUGAAAAAAAAACAUUGAUUCCAUAUAGUGUUUGGACUUUUGCUGGUUUUGAACUAAAAUAUUCAAUGUUUUCCACGGCUGGUUAGAGAAAGCAGCAAUGUAUGGUCGACCAGGUAGUGGUAGAGGACAGAAUGGAGCACACUGUCCGUCUGGUGGUGCUUCAAAUUCAAUGAUGGUUGCCAUCACACCUACUGGAGUUGGGCUUGUGCCUCCAAUGAAAAAUUAUCAAACCACGGCGUCGGCGCCUCCCGUUGGUGCCAUGUUAGAAGGCGAAUGGAGUUCGUUGAAUCCAAAUUUGUAUCAGAACAUGUCUAACGAUCAAGUCGAUUGGGCUGCUUUGGCACAGCAAUGGAUCCAAAUGAAAGAGACGCUUCCGGCAGAUAUGGUUCCGCCAGCGCCCCCUCCACCAAUCAUAUCGGAUCACUAUGCUUCGAAUAGUAGAGAAUCUUCGUCCGAUGGUAUGCGCCUGGGAACGAUAGACGAACAAGGGGAAGCUCCCAUGGAAGUUGAAAAGGAAGAGGAACAAACUUCUAUGGGUCAUCAACAGCAGCAGAGCAGCAUUUGGAACAACGAAGCAGUCCCUUGGCAAUUUCCGAAUCAUUCGGAGUGGCGCAAUCCAGCAUGGGAUACCAACUGGUCAUCGGGUCAGUCAAAUAAAUCGACUAUUUCGACGAAUGAGACCGAAUCUGUGACAUCCUCGGUCAAUCCAAAUGCUUCGAUUGCGGUUGCGAACUGGCAAGCAAAGAUGGCUCGCAUAUACAAACUUGGUGAAUCCAAUCACACUGAAACGAUUGUUGGAACCGUGCAGCCGACCAGCCAGAAACCCGCACAGCAUCAUGAUGUCUCCAAACGAAUUCCUGGUUUGAUGGAUCAGGUUAUCAAGCUAGAUCGGGAACCAGUUGAGCAAAGCGAGCAAUGUGAAGACACAACGGAAACUAUUAAUGACGCUAAGCGAAAGCUGCUUCCGGCUUGGAUACGGGAAGGGCUGGAGAAAAUGGAAAGGGAGAAACUGCGACAGGUCGAAAAGGAGAAGGAGCAGCGUUUGCGUGAAGAAAUGCUAGAACAGAGACGGCAGGCUGAGCUGGAAGUUCUGAGCGAAAUUGAGAAUGCGAAAAAGAAAAGCAAAUUUGAUUCAGAUUCCGAGGAUGAGGAGGAUGUCAAUGAAGGGGAGAAUGUAGACAAUGUAAUGAUAAAGCGAGAACCUAGUCCGGUACAGACGCGGUCGCGCGAGGAGAUUAUGCAGGAACUGAUGAUUGCUGUUCGUAAAAAUCUAACAGAUAUUUUGCUUGAGGUGACCAACGAAGAAAUUGCCUCCGUUGCGAAAGAAACCCUUGCCAAAACUAAACGAAAAGCACCAACAGCUCAAGCGCUUCGAAAGACCGGUCUCGCGACACUCACAGGUGGACUUGGUCUCGGAAUAUAUGAAGACAGCGAUGAUGAAGACAACAGUGCAUCAGAUAAUGACAGGAAUGACGAAGUGAACAGUGAAAAUGAAGAGGAAACAGAACGCCUACUACGGAACGCUGUGAAACAGCGUCAAAAAGAAUUUGAAUGGACAGCUCGUGAAAUUGAAGAUCAAUUGGCUCAGGAAGAAGCUCGGGAGGAGCGUAAGCGCCGGGAAUACGAACAAAGUACACGUCAGAAGCUACAUCAACAGCAGGAUUCGCAACAACAGAAGCAUGAUAGCGAAGAUGAGGACGAAUUUUCUGCUGGCAAUAGUCGAGCUGGUUUGGGCCAUUCACAAACAUCCGUGGGUAACUUACAUGGGGGUAAAUUUGGACCACGAGACGGUGAGACCCAGCCUGUAAAUGAUAAUAUAUAUGCCUAUAAGCUCGGAAAGACCCGUGACAAAAGAAUAUCGAGAUUCAGCGAUCCAAAAGACACUGUUCGUCAGACGCACAUCACACAUGUUGCGAUCGUUAAUCACAGGCCGGGGGAAAUUGUUCAACCCGUGUCAAUGCCGAGAAUGGCCCAGUCCGCUAAUCAAAUGCCACCAGGUUCGAGCGGGGUUUCGCCUCCGGUAGUAAGUCCAACGGCGACCCCGCUUUUUCCGGCGGCCAUUGCAGCCGCGAUGCAUUUAGAAAACUAUCGUCGCGGAAACAGUGUUUCGUCGGAAACACCGUCAACUGCUUCCAGCAGACGGGCCUCGUCUUCACACCGAAGUAGUCGCGAAAGAAAUAGUAGUAGCAAAUCUUCCCAUAGAUUACAUAAAAGCAAAAAACACAAACGAUCGCGGCAUAGCCGUAGUGACGAUGAAAAUUACGACUAUGCUGGCGAACAAGACGAUGAACGUUAUUCCCAUCACUCGAGAAGAUCACGCAGUUCCGAAAGAAGUGCUGGUUAUUCGCGCCGACGACGGUCCUAUUCGCGUGACUCGCGAGAUGACGAUCGUGACCGAAAAUAUUCAUACCGAUCAAGAGACCGGUCUCGUUCUCGUUCACGUGAUCGUCAUAAAUCAUCGAAACGAAUUAGAAGUCGGUCUCGCUCGUCUUCGAAGCGGAGGUAUUAGACGAUCUUACAUCUUUGGAUCACUCUGAAAAUAUUCGAUUUGGUUGAUGUUAAAUUAUUUAAUCUUAGAUUUGUGAACUUUAUUAGGCAAGGUUUCGACAGAAGUGGAAUUUGUACAGAUUUUGUGUUUAGCGAGCAAUAUAGUUUUAUAUAUGUGUUACCUUGUAUUGCCUUAGCUGCAUCGAAGCCAUGAACAUAGUUUGUUUACAGGUACUCCGAACACUUUUGCAUCAACCCUUCUGGAAUAUAAUCGAUACUGUAAAUACAUAAGUCUUUUGAGCAACGCGGCUGAAAUUUGGAUAUAGUAUUGGGGCUAAUAUUGGAACAUUAAAAUCAAACGAAAUUCAUUUAUAGCGUACGAGCUAGUUGUUUGGAAAAUGAUAACCAAACCUUCGUGGUAUAGUUUAUUGAUGAAUCCGCAGUGAUUGAAGACGAAAAAAUAAUAAUACAUGAAAUGAAGUAUUUUCAAUACCUAAGUGAACAACAAGUUACAUUACGUUGUAACGAAUUAAAAGCAGGUUGGAAUGAAAUAGUUUAUUCUGUUCAAAACCCACACGCAUCCUCCUCGAGCUGAAAGUAGAGUAUUGAACACAUGGCAACUACAAUAAAUAUCGCUCUUUCCCUUAAA